AUGUUUACUCAUCUAAUCAAAAAUAGACUUAUCAUUAAUAAUCUUCAGGAUAACGUAAUUCAAAAGUAUUUAGAAACAAUAGAACCAAUUAUUUCAAUUAUUAAUGGGACAGCUGAUCCAGUUAUUAAUGGGACAACUGCUUUAAGUAUUAAUGAGACAGUUGUUCCAGUUACUACGCAUACAUUUAAAAAAGUAUUAAUUAUUUUUAUAAUAAUAUUUAUAAUAAUAUUUAUAAUUAUUAUGAGUAUAUUUGGAAUAUUCCCUACUGAAACAAAAGAAAUUAUGAAUAAUUUAUUAUUUUAAUAAUACUGUUAGUUUGGGAUAGUUAGAUCCAGAUGAGCAAUGGUUAAGUAUGAUAUUAAUAUAUGAGUAUCCAUCAUUGGUGGCAGUGGUUAUAUUGAUAUCAUAAGUAAUUGGAGUUAAAACUAUUUAAGAGUUUUGGGUUUUCAAUAAAGAAC